AUAGGACAAAUUCAUAAUUUACUGAUAUAUAAAGCUAUCGACUGACUGUGUAUCAAAUUGCUGCCAAUAUUCAUUUAUUUGUACAAAACAAAUCAAUAAAUAUCCAUAGCGUCCCUAUACAGCGGAAUUUCCCAGAACAAAGACAACACGUUAACAACAUCAUGGCCGAUUCCGAAGCUGUUGAUACUACAGACGAUUCACCGAAUUCUGAAAAUAAGCCGACAAGUCCUCAACUGUUGCAAGAUGAGGCAGUAUCAUCAACACUGGAAAUGGCAGCUGAUGCAUACAAAAUUGUGUCAGCGAUUGACUUUGGCACUACAUUUAGUGGAUAUGCCUAUACAUUUUUACCUAAUAAGGAGAAAAUAUACACAAACAGAAACUGGGGACAAACACAGGGAUUUCUUUUGCACAAAACUCCAACCUGUCUGCUAUUGAAACCUGAUGGAGAAUUUGAAGCAUUUGGAUUUGAAGCCGUCCUGAAGUACAACGAUCUUAGUGAGGAGGACGCUGGGAACCACUAUUACUUUGACAAAUUCAAAAUGAAACUUUAUGAAAACAAGGUUCUAAAUACCGAAAUUUUAAUUGAAGACGCAAGUGGAAAGACAAAGUUUGCAGUAGAUGUAUUUGCAAAAUCUCUCUGGUUCAUGAAACGUCACUUAUUGAGACACCUGGCAGGAACUAUGGGAUAUGAACCAGAUGAAAAAUCCAUCAGAUGGGUGCUCACUGUUCCUGCAAUAUGGGAUGAAAAUGCCAAACAGUUUAUGAGAGAGGCAGCACAUAAGGGUGGUUUGAUUGAAACUACACACAGCAACCAACUGCUGAUCGCAUUAGAACCAGAAGCUGCUUCUUUGCAUUGUAAACUACUCCCAGCAGAAACCUUUAUGGGUAACUCAGAAGAGUUACUAGCCAAACCAACAUUUGAACCAGGGACAAAGUAUCUGGUUGUUGACGCAGGAGGUGGAACAAUCGAUAUAGUGGCUCACAAAAUUCGUAAAGAUGGAAGAAUUCGUGAACUGUUCCGUGCCACCGGAGGCGCUUGGGGUGGCACCGUAAUUGAUAGACAGUUCUUAAACCUGACGGAGAGAAUAUUUGGUGAAGGUUAUAUGAAAGCGUUCAAACACGAUUUUCCAAAGGACUUUGUAGAGUUACUUCAAGACUUCGAAAUAAAAAAGCGAGGAGAAUGCGAUUCCGUUCGAGUUUCUUUACCCUAUAAUUUCUGCAAUUACAAACAUGAAGGCAAAGGAGUACAGGAAAUCAUCAAAAACUAUUCGGAAACUUCAAAACAGAAAGUGAGGUUUUCGUCCGGGAAACUCGUCCUGUCUUCUGAAAUUGUCCAUUCCCUGUUUGCAGAUACACUUUCUCAAAUAAACGAGCACAUAAAUACACUGCUUCAAAAAAACAGACUAAAAGACAUAAGUUAUAUUUUCAUUGUUGGUGGAUUUGCAGAAUCAGUGAAACUUCAACAUUCAAUAAAAGAGGCCUUUGAGUCUCGCGUCACAAUUUUAAUUCCAGAGGAAGCAAGUUUGGCUGUUGUGAAAGGCGCCGUGACCUUUGGAUGUGAUCCUAGUGCCAUCUGUCAAAGAAUAUGUAGAUUUACAUAUGGAGUUGGUUCUUAUCUACCGUUUGAAGAAGGCGUUCAUAGAGAAGACUUGAAAUGUGUUUCAGAUGGAAUGGUUCUGUGUAAAAAAAUAUUGCAGCCAUGGGUUGAAGCGGGAGAAGUAAUAGGGCAUAAUGAAGUUUGGCGGGAAACGUACACACCGAUAAUAACAAAUCAAAAGGGAAUCAUAUUUGAAUUCUUUAAAUCUUCGAAACGUAAUUUAAAAUACGUAGACGAGGAAAAUGUUGAAAAGUGUGGGUCAUUGAUUGUGGAAAUGCCAGACAUGACGGGUGACAAAGACCGAGCAGUUGACCUUGAAGUAAUAUUUGGUGGGACAGAAAUAAAGGUGAUUGGAUCUGAUCAUACCAGUCAGACACAAAGAGAAACCUACAUAGAUUUUCUCUCGGUCUAAUGAGAGAUAUAAGAACCAAGUUAUUUAGCAUCAUGGGACACACAGAGCAGACAUUCAAAUGUCAAACCUGGAUCGAUUGUAUUCAGAAGUAAAUUACAUCAUUUAUAGCUCCAUAUGGAAUUGGUUACACAAGUCAAUAUAGUUAUAAGUUGAUAACGUUGUUAUUGAACAUCCAUAAAUUACCAUGUAGAAACUCAAGUGUUAUAUAAUAUCAGAAGUCCCGUAAUGGACUUCUGAUGAUAUCUGUAAAGACAAUUUAUAAUUGUCCAAUGUAUUUGAUAAGAGGUGCUAUUUUGUGUCCAUCAUCUUGAUAAAAAAAAACAGAAUAAUAUUCUUUUUAUCUGCACCUUCAUGACAAAGCCCUUGCUCCAAUAAGCUUACAAAUGAACUUUUUUAAUUGUGAUACAUUCUAAUAUAAGUGAUGUCUUACUACGGGUACCUGGUGGUUUAUUGAAAUUUCUUAAUAUUUGUCAGCUUGUGACUGUUUCCUUCAAGAAUGCAGUUCUUCGAAGAAAAAACAAACAAUUCUAUUCAUUAAGAUAAACUAGUUUGUAUUCUAUAAAUCUGCAAAUUUGUCAAAAGACGAUUGAGUUAUCUCCCAUGGUAAGAUUUUUUAAUCAUGUUUUUUAUUAUUUGUACCUUUCCAAUUUAUUUUAAGAUUAUGAAAAUAGAAAAUUGCUGAACAUUUUUAGACAACAUGUUUGUUAGAAAACCGAUGAUUUUUUUA